AUGACAAGCAGUGUUUCUACAAAUAGCUUUCAAAACAUUAAAGAAGUUAUCAAGGUUGUAAAUAAUCUUAGAGAUUUUGGAGUAGAAUCUGAUAAAAUUGAGCUUCCUAAAAUAGUAGUUAUUGGUGUUUAAUCUUCAGGUAAGUCUUCACUUCUAGAGUAAAUUGUCUAGAUAGACUUUUUACCUAGAGGUACUGGAGUAGUGACUCGUUGUCCUUUAGAAAUAAGACUCAUUGAAGUAACCAGCUAUGCUAAAGAUUUUAAGCCCUACGCUUACUUUUUUGAAGAAAGAAGCAAAACAUAUGAAAAUUUUGAAGAAGUAAAAAAAAGAAUUGAAACAAUUACAAAGGAGCAAGCUGGAGUAGGUAAAAAGAUUGUUGAUCAAGCAAUAACUUUGACUAUCUUCUAGACUAAAUGCCCUACUUUGACUUUAAUUGAUUUACCAGGUAUGACUUUGAAUUCUAUCGAAGACUAGGUCGAUGUUGAAAAAGUUACUCAAGACAUGACUUUAAAAUACAUCAAAGAAGAAACUACAAUUAUCCUUUGUGUUAUUCCUAUCAACUAGGAUUUAGAAAACUCUCUUGCUUUGAAGCUUGCUAGAAAUGUUGAUAAAACUGGUAGUCGUACUAUUGGAGUACUUACUAUGAUAGAUAUAAUGAAUCCAGGCACAAAUUGUGAGAAAGUGUUAAGAAAUUAGUAAAUUCCACUUAAGCAUAGAUAUUAUGGUAUGAAACCUCGUAAUUAAAAUGAUAUAAAUAACAAUAUCACAGUUGAAUAAGCUAUAAAAAAUGAAUAAGAAUAUUUUUCAAACCAUGAAGUUUACAAAGAGUUUGCUGAUUAUACUGGCACAGCUGCCUUAACUCAUAAACUUUCUACAUUAUUAGAUAGUCACAUUCGUCACUUUUUGCCAGAUAUUUUUAAAAAGAUCUAUUCUACUCUUCUUUAAAGAAUAGAGUCAAGAAAAAAAUUAGGCGAUCCUUUCCCUACUGAUAUCAACAAAUAGUAAAAAGAGCUGAGAGAUAUAAUUAACAAAUCUUUAAAUAUUUUCAAACAAGCUAUUUGGAGAAAGAAUGGGUAGAAAUUAUGUUGA